AGACAAGUGAUGCCAAUUAUUUCUGUAGUUGGUGUUUGAACUGUAGCACGAACAAACUUCGGCGACACCAUUCAGUUGUGCAAUUAGAAUUUGUUGUAAAUUAAGAUGGCUUUUAAGUUGGUAUUUUUGGCUGCAUUUGUUGCAUAUGUACAAGCUGGCGGACCGGCGGCAUAUUCAAUUGCUGCUCUAAGUGGAGACCAUGCAUAUGUGGGUUCGCAACAAGAACACACCGUAAAAGGACUCUAUGGACAAAAUGUCGUUUCAUCAUACUCAAAAGCCGUUGAUUCUGCCCACUCUUCAGUACGUGUAUCAAACUCACGCCAAAGUAACGACGUUCUUGGUGGAUACCAUGCUGGUUAUGCUGCACCAGCUGUCGUUGGUGGCUAUGGUGGUUAUGGUGGUUAUGGCGUAUCAAAAGUAGUCUCACCAGUCGGAGCUUAUGCAGCCCCUGCUGUUUAUGGUGGCGCUUAUGCACAUGGUUACAACCGUGUGGUUUCACCAGUUUCAACUGUCGUCAGUCAUGGUUAUGCUGCUCCUACCUAUGCUGCUCCUGCCUAUGCCGCUGGUUAUGGUGUGUCGAAGGUUGUUUCGCCAUACGGACUUGCUCAUGCCGCUCCAGCAGUCUACGGUGGUUAUGGUGGUUUGGGAUACGCAUCAAAAGUUGUGGCACCAGUUGCACCUGUUUCCACCGUUGUUAGCCAUGGAAUUGCUGCUCCAGCUUAUGGUUAUAGCAAAGUAGUUUCACCGACAUAUGGUGUUGCCCAUGCUUCCCCAGCAGUCUACGGUGGUUAUGGUGCUUAUGGACAUGGUUUGGGAUAUGCUGGAUAUGGUGGAUACGGUGUUUCGAAAGUAGUCUCACCCGUUUCGACUGUGGUCAGCCACGGAUAUGCCACACCCGCCUUAGGCUAUAGCCAUGGAAUCGCUGCUCCAGCUUAUGGUUAUAACAAAGUAGUUGCUCCAGCGGUUUAUGGUGCUCAUGCCACCCCAGCAGUCUACGGUGGUUAUGGUGCUUAUGGACAUGGUUUGGGUUAUGGUGUAUCAAAGGUGGUUUCACCAGUGCACAGUGUUGCUGCCCCAGUUUACGGUGGAUAUGGAGGAUAUGGAGCAUAUGGUGUGUCUAAAGUUGUCUCUCCAGUUGCCACUUUGGGACUCGGACAUGCGCCCGUCGUUAAAACGGUUGCUCCAGCAUUCACCGCAUCAGUUGUUAGCCCAGGUGCCAGCUAUUCGUGGUAAUUUCUAUCGGCCGCAAAGAAAAAUCUCCACCACGCUCGCGAAAGACGCUGAAAAAAAAUGAUAUCUCACCCGAGAUUCAUCUGAAUUAGUUCUCCAUCUGUCUAUUUAUUCUAAUUUCUUUUGUCUAUAUGAAGCUCACAGACGAUUAAAAUUUUGAUAAAAUUAAACUUUCACAGUUUAACCAAAAAAAAA